AGCACCUCGGGCAGGGCAGGUGUUGCCCUCGGGGCCAGUGCUCUCAGGGCUGCGGGGAUGUGCCCUGUGCCUGGGCCCUGCAUUUCCUACCCCACUGCCCCAGCCACCAUCUCCCUGCUACCCAGCUCCACUGAGCCCCUUCUCUCCCUUCUCCUCGUCCAGGCCAUGGCAGGAAGGAUCACCAAAAUCCUGCUGGUUCUGGCCAUCCUCCAGCACACCCUGAGGGCAGAUGCUCAGUCAGCGCAGACCACGGCAGAGGUCCUGACGCAGCAUGAGGAACAGCGCAACCAGAUGACUUGGCUGGCCAGAGCUGGAAAGAUCACCAAAAUCCUGGUGGUGCUGGGCAUCCUCCAAUACACAGUGAGGAUGGAUCUUCCGUCAGUGAAGGUCACAGAAGAGCUCCUGAGGCAGCAUGAGAAGGAACGCAUCCUGGAGAUGACCAGGCAGCUGAUGAUGGAGCAGAGGAUGCAGAAGCAGUCUGGACUCACCCCAGGAAGAAUGCUCCUCUUGGCUUGCCAGGAGUGGUGGUUCUGGGUCAGUGCUGAAAUCCUCCUCGUGCUCUUUGGGAUCUACUGGCUGCCCAGGCAGAGAAGCUCUGACUGUGAUGACGGCAGCCAGUGGGAAACCUCCACCAGUGCCCAGGAGCAGGUAGAGGAGGAGGAGAAGGACUGGAAGGAUGAUCCUGACUCUUAUGACACUACAGAGAAGCCCCCGAAUAAGAGCUGGGCACUGUGGAGGAUCUGCUGGCGAGACACCCCUGUGGCCGUGGGGAGCAGUGACUAGAAAAUGUGCUGCGCUACCUCCCCUCCUGGCUAAGGAGGCAAACAAGAGUUCCUGUGCAGCCCCUGCAAAUGGUCCCAGUUGUGAUGCUCCUCCUGCUAGGAA